AUGCCUGUCAUCCUGACAGCGACUACCCGCAGAGACAGUCAACACGACUCGACUGACAAGACCCAACUCUUCAUCAUUCUAGUCGUCGUCGGCAUUCUUCUCUUCGAAACUUUCCUCGCCAUUGCAUACAUCCGCUACCACAAUCUGAGCAGCAAGGCACGUUGGAGGCGCCUUCGAGAACGCGGCGUCGUCGUUGUCAACGGACCGGCACUCAUCUGGACGGACACGCUACCGCCUGCGCCCACGACAUCCACGUUCAACCUACACCAUUUACAGCAAAGGUCGAUAGAGCAAGUAGCAGACACACCAAUGAGUGUGUUCGCCCCCACUCCAACACCCAUUCCGGGUAGCUCUAGGAAGCAACGAUCUGUGCCUGAGACAGUUAUCAUCCUGGUCAUUGUUACUGCAGUCGGGCUGUCAAUUGUGGUUGGCUUCGUCUUGUUUGUCGUUUGGUUCAGGAUGAAAAAGAAGAGGCAACAGCACGAGGCUACGAUACAGUUGGAGGAGCUGACACGUAAUGGAUAUUCUCUGAGACGACCUGUGGAGCACGAAAUCGGCGUUGCGCGUUGA